CCUAAGUGCCAAUUAUGUGGUGUUAGCUAUAGAGUGCACCCUAAGGAUCAUGAGCAAUAGCCAGGACUACGGCGAGCCAAACAUCACUUGGUGCAGAAUUCCCCAAUGGGGUAAUCUCUCACUUCCGCACAGAUAUUCCACAUCGGAGCAUUUGGAGAACAAGCACAGUCAACCCGCACCCCAUACAAGCCCCAGCUCAAUUUAUGGGACCGCCUGUCAAUCAAGUCUUUAGCCCCAACUGAAUCCGUGCCCGUCCCGGGCUUCUUCCCGUUCGACAGAUAUCAAUAACCAUCUCUCUCGCCAUGGCUACCCAAUCGCUAAGUUCCUUGUUGCAGCGCACAUCGAUCGACGAUCACGAGGAAGUCCUCCGCUCGUCCAACGCAGCUUUGGCUAAGUCGAAAUCGGACAUCCAGGCGCAGCAUGUGAAGGUAGUGGCAUUGCUGAAGCUUGACCGCUAUGAGGACGCCCUGCGUGUAUUCGAAGAAGGAGGUGAUACUCUGAAGCAGAGGGCUGCUUUGGAAUACGCAUAUACUCUAUACAAGACCGGGAACCUGGACGAGGCGAUCGAUGUGGCUUCGCAGAUCGCUAAUGAUAGAGGUGCUCGCCAUUUGGAGGCUCAAGCCAGCUACCGCGCUGAGCAAUUCCGCCGCACAGCUGACCUUUAUGAAGAUCUGACUAAAGACGAGAUCACUCUUGCAAAUGAAGGGAACGAUCUGCGGAUUAACGCCUGGGCUGUAGAUGCACAGCUACAGUGGAAAGGAUACCCCGACUAUGUCCGCCAUAACAGACCCACGAGAGAUGACUUGGAGGCGUUUGAGACCGUCUAUAAUGCUGCCUGUCUAAGCAUCGCGAAGGGAGAGUUCGGUCAAGGAGAAAUGUUGCUUAAGCGGGCGAAAGAGCUAUGUCGGACGUCGGAGGACCUUACACCUGAAGAUAAGGCCGCGGAGCUGCUCCCAAUUGCUGUGCAGCAGCUCUAUGUUUUGAUCCGCCUAGGAAAAUCGGAGGAAGCAGAGUCGAUACUCGAGGAGAUUUCCGUCAACGAUAUCCCCGAGCUCUCUACAAAGAGAGUCGCCGUGAACAAUAUCACACUUGUCCGCGAUACUACGACCAAUCCCUUCGCUCUCUACAAAUCCUUACAUGCGACCCCCGUCUCUACCAACAAUGAUCGGCUUUUCAACCACCAGGAUAACAUCGUGACCGGUAAUGUCCACUCGGCAGACCUUCUCGUCCAGAAGUAUGACGGUAUCAUCCGAUCAACAUCGAAGGCACUCUCACAGGCACCUUGUCCCUCCGCUAAACCCAGUGUAAACCUCUUAUCUGUCUACAAUGCUGCUGCCCAUGCACGUGGCCAAACUGGCACACCAGCACUGAAGGCGAUACUACCCGCAAUCGAAAGACGGCCAAAGGACAUCGGACUAGUCCUCACAGCCGUGCAGCUCUACGUGGCCGAAGGCAAUACUACUUCCGCAAUCACCACACUUGAAAAAUCCCUCCAGCUCCUCGAAGAAUCCAUCUCCGAACAAGACAAGGAGGUCCGCUUCAACCCCGGACUGCUAGGUAUCCUUGUUGCGCUCUACAAACUCGAAGGCCGAAGAGUCCAGAUCCGAUCGGAGCUUGCCAAAGCCGCAGACUACUGGCGGGGACACGCCGAGGCGCCUUCUUCACUUCUUCGCGCGGCCGCCGAGUCUUUACUGCACUCAUCAGAUCGCUCGAACCUUACGGCUGCCGGUGAUUUGUUCAAGGCUCUUUACCAAGAGGACAGAAAUGAUCGUUUCGCUAUAGCCGGCUACGUCGCUUCUCAGGCAACCCUAGACUAUACGAAGAUUGAGUCCCAGGUGGACAGUCUCCCUUCAAUCGAUGAGUUGAUCUCGGGUGUCGACGUAGACGCCCUUGAGUCGGCCGGUGUAUCCCCUCCUUCAUCUGCAGCUGCUGCCGCCGCUGCCGCUAUCGCUGGAGCAAGAAAGAGAACAUCUAGCGAUAGGCAUGGCCACGCAACGAAGCGACUGAGAAAGUCUCGCCUUCCCAAGGAUUAUGACCCUAACAAGACGCCUGACCCAGAGCGCUGGUUGCCUCUACGUGACCGUUCCAGCUACAAGCCCAAGGGCCGGAAAGGCAAGCAGCGGGCCGCCGAACGGACGCAGGGAGGUGUCGUUAAUGAAAAAGCGGAAGAGUCACCUGCACCUGCAGCUCAACGGCAGAAGUCUCAAGGCGGAGGAGGCACCAACAAGAAAAAGAAGAAGGGAAAGCGGUGAAUUCAUUAUGAACACUUGUGCAAAACAGGCCGUGGCUUGCAUUCUAAAUCAAAUGCCAGGAAGUGGUCUUGUUCAACAUUAGAGUUGAUCUCCCCUAUGAAAUACAG